UGAUAACGUAUUCCUCUUUCUUUUGCAUGACUGAAGUAACGAAAUGGCGUUGAUCACGUGAUCAAAGGCUCGACGGGCGGCGUUUGGAACUCUGUGCACGCAGGCAGAUUAUGCCAGCGCACCUGCCUUUGUAGCCUGCUUUCGCAAUGGCAGAUUCCACAGCAACAACGGCGCAAUCUAGAGCCCAAGAAACUUCCACAGAUGAAGCAGUUGCUCAUGUUGUUUCAAAUGCCAACUUAAAAGACAUCUCCAAUCGUCUGUUACCGUUACUCCGAGCAUUCACACUGACGACAUAUCUAGGAAAGUGUAGUAACGGCGCCGAUCCUCUCGACCAACUCGAUCCUCAAGAACAGAGUCUCGGAUACCUAUUUUUUAUUACCACGCGUUGCAUCUCAGACUUGCAGUCGAACGCCAGAGAUCUGUUGCGACGAUUGAUCUUCUUCAUAAGUACCUUCAGCCCAGAACAAGUAUACCUCGCACCGGAAAGAUUCACCUUAAUUGCGGAUGCUCUAAGUCACCUGGCUCAUAGAUUGGAGUCGCCUAUCAUCCCAGUACGACCUCUUCGAACGGCCAUCCAAAGAUUUUGUGGUGAUCGCCCUGUUUUUACAUCGCUACAUGCCUCGCUUGCAAAGUAUGCAUUGCUGGCCAAAUUGUACAAAGACCCUUUGCCUGUUCUAGAUUGGGAUAUCGAACAUGUUGAUGCCACUCUUGAUACGAAUAUCGAGGGCUUUCUCUCUUACUAUUAUUAUGGUGCUAUGAUCUAUAUUGGUAACAAAAAAUAUGGAAGAGCGUUGGAGUUUUUGUCCUUGGCUAUCUCAGCUCCUUCGCAAGCAGUCAGCGUAAUUCAACUAGAAUGCUUUAAAAAAUACGUACUUUUAUCGCUUAUUCACUAUGGAAAGUUACUACCUUUACCAAAGUAUACUGCCACUGUGAUCAGCAAAUUCGUUCGAAGGCAUUGUCGUCAAUAUAUAUCAUUUGCGGACGUCUAUGAAACUCAAUGUAUAGAGAAGCUGACAACUGCCCUUGAGAAACGACGUGAAGCGUUUGAGAAGGAUAACAACUGGGGACUCGCGGGCCAAUGUUUGCGCGCCUUACAACAACAAAAGAUACAAGGGCUGACACGGACUUAUAUUACCUUGAGUGUUAGCGAUAUUGCUAAAAAAGUUGGAUUCACAGGUGAAAAUGCAAAUACUGAAGUGGAAAAGAACAUAUUGGAGAUGGUGGAGCAAGGAAGCAUUUUUGCCAGCAUUGAACAUACCGGAAGAGGCGAUCAUGAUGAGAUGGUCAGCUUCCAUGAUAACCCCAAUAGCUACGAUACCUCUGAAAGCUUGGCUAUACUAGACGAGAAGAUUUCGCAGGCUGUAAUGGUGGGUGAACGAUUAAAUCGACAAGAUAAAUCUACCGCGUUGGAUCGUGACUUUAUGAGUCGGGUAAGUCAUCUGUAGGGCUUUGGUAUUGGAUUUGGCAGUACCACUUACUUUUCUAAAAUCUAGAUGAUGUUAAUGGUCGAUGGAACUCAAAUGUCUGCAAUGUACGAAGACGAAGUUGAUAUAAUGGUGGAUGAUGACGGUAGACUGUAUGCAUAAAUGCCGACAGAUUGUACAAAUUACUCGAUCCAUUAAAUCACAUAAAAAGCUUCGUUCAUAUGCGCUCCUGUCUGCCUGCCUCUGUGUUUCGGCUGCUGUGCAAGUCAACGAAAUAUACGUUGACUAUCAUUCAUGAUAGAUGUUGGGGUUUCCU